AUGUUCUGUGCGCGACAAGUCACCAACACAAGUUGCCCCACCAAAAAUGGCCCAACCCGUUGCGCAAUGCCCCGGAUGGCUGGGGCCUUGGUCGCUGGCCGGUAUGCCCUUCCAGUCCGCGCUCCACGUAUGGGGAGACACGCCGAAGAGGUGGCACCGAGGCGGCGGUUUGCCUUCUUUGAGCGUUGGUGGGCGUGUGGGACUCCAUCGGAGAGGAGCACUGUUGUGAGGAGCACAGGCAGAGGUGGAGUGGAUGCCCAGAAGGCCCCUGUUUUAGUGUUUGAUGUCAUGGAUACGAUUGUGUACGAUCCUUUCUACAUAGAGAUACCAAAGUUCUUUGGGACAACAUUACAAGAGUUGUUCGAAGUGAAGCACCCCAAUUCAUGGGUACGUUUUGAGAAAGGAGAAAUCUCUGAGCAGCAAAUGCUGGACAAUUUUUUCAAGGACAAUCGAAGCUACGACAGUGAAGGUCUCUUGCAGACGAUGCAUGACAACUAUCGUUACCUGGAUGGCAUGGAGGAAUUGCUUCAGCAGCUUAAUGAUAUGGCUUAUGAAAUGCAUGCAAUGACGAACUAUCCAGAGUGGUACAAACUCAUUGAGAAGAAGCUGGCGUUGGGCCGUUACCUGAACUGGACGUUCAUAUCCUGCACGGGGGCAAUGAAGGGUUUGAGGAAGCCUGACAAGGACGCUUUUGAAGUGGUGACUGCAAUGCUGGGCUGCCCGCCAGCAAACAUACUGCUCGUCGACGAUCGCGAGGCAAAUGUCAGCGCCGCCCGUAAUUGCGGCAUGGAUGGGAUUGUCUUCAAGAAUGCGGAGCAACUAAAGGAAGAGCUCCGCAGCAGAGACCUGGGGGUGUGA